CCUCGUCUUUGUGGGCUGUGGCACCGCCCGACCGCCGGCUCCGAUCAUGGCCGGCGACGGCGACCUCGCCUCCCGACGCCUCUGCCAGCAAGUCGCCCUCGCCUCCGACCACGACUUCGCGUUCCAACUCCAGCUCAACGAGGCCAUCCAAGCUUCCCUCCGCGCCCAUACUCCCAAUCGGCCCUCUUCCAGGGCCGCCGCCGCCGCCACCGCAUUCUGCUCUUGCAGCUCUUGUCAACCCGUCUCUGCGCUCUGGUCCUCCGAAGUCGCACUCGCCGAACUUGCGCGCCAAGAGAAGAACCGCCGCGACGCCCAGGCCUUCCGCGCCGCCCAUGCCCAGGCAAACACCUCCGCCCGCGUGGCCUCCCGCGGCGCCCUCUUGGCGCGGGAGCUCGCCGGCACUCCAGACCUCCGACGGGCCCACGGUGGGGACCUCCUUGAGCGACCUCUGGACCCAAGCCGCUCCCCAUCCUCCCGCGUCUUCUACAAGGGCUUGUCGAACAAGGAGGGCGCCGGGGGGUGGUGGGUCGUCCCGGGCCCCCGCGUAGCGGUGCUCGCUGUGGUCGUGUACGAUCCCCAGGGGAAGGUGGUGCGCACCAUACAGAAGCGCGUGGAAAGGUUUGUGGGCGGACGCAUGGAGCUCGAGGUGCUGGCGCUCAAGGAAGGCAUCCAGGCUGCGCUCGAGCUGGGGAUACGAUGGGUUAACAUCGUCUCCGACUUCAAGGCGCUGCACAAAUAUAUGCUUGGAACUUGGCGUCCCACAAAGAACAAGAGUGAACAUUUGGUAAAUGAGGCUCUGUCACUGAUGAGGAAAUUCAAUCAUUGUGAAUUCUCACUAAACCCACGCGGCCAAGUCGGUUACGCAACAAAAUUAGCAACAGAUUUGGUAGGCACUAAGAAGAGAGAGGCCUGCAAGAGAGAGAGACCUGCACCAUCUGCUUGGAAGACACCGAUGUCUCUAAGGAGGCGUUUGUUUCGUCAAAUUCUGCCCGUCAUCUGUUUACAGUGUAAACCGAUACCGUUACGUGCGUUUGGUGAGACAAUUUUGUAA